AUGAAUCAUUUCCCCGAAGCUUGGGGCAGGCCCCGGGACGACGUGUAUGGCCCUUACAACCCUUCAUACCUGCAGACUACCGGCCCCAAAACCCACACCCAGUCACCAGCAGUCACUGGGUCUUCAAUACUGGGAAUCAAAUUCAACGGAGGAUGUGUUCUCGCUAGUGAUAACCUAGCUUCAUACGGAUCUCUCGCUCGAUUUACCGACGUCAAACGACUCCGCAAAUUUGGUGACACUGCUGUCGUUGGCUUUAGUGGGGAUAUUUCCGACAUGCAGUACCUUGAUCGUCUAUUGGAUUCCAUUGACAUCAGAGAAAACUAUUCGGCCCACGGCAACACACUCAACGCCAAAAACCUCCACACCUACUUGUCUAAGGUCCUUUACAAGCGGCGAUCUGAGUUCAAUCCCCUUUGGAAUCACAUUUUAGUUGCCGGCUUCGAUGAUGACAAGAAGCCGUUCCUCAGCUCUGCAGAUCUGUUGGGAACCACAUUCUCCGCACCACAUCUGGCAACUGGCUUUGGCGCCCACCUGGCUCUCCCAAUCCUUCGCCGGCUAUUUCCUGAGGAGAGACCUAUCGAGGAGAUCACUAAGGAUGAGGCAGUCGCGGCGCUCCGUGAGUGCCUUAAGGUUCUCUGGUACCGCGACGCACGAAGCCUUGACAAGUACACCAUAGCAGUCAUCACACCUCAGGGGAUUGAGUUUCAGGAGGAUCAGAAGGUCGAGGCUCAGAGCUGGGCAUUCGCUGAAACCAUCAAAGGUUACGGUGCUCAGGUCAAUUAGCUCACUUGUUGAUUUAUGAUGCAUGAACUCACUUCCAGAGCUUACUGCAUUUGCUCUCACCUGUGUAACAGGACCUUAGGAGCCUGAGAUAGAUCAAGUAAUGUGAGAAGAAAGUGCCUCGUUGCGAUUCUCUAUAACAUGCCGUUAAACGCCUCAGGCAUUGUGGGCGGCCUUUAUGACACUACUUUUACCUUGGUCCAGCAGGUGCUGACCUCAGGUGCGAGAGAGACCUUCAUCAAAUCGCCAUCCUUUGGCCUUAAUGCUCUCAUGCCAACACCUGAGGCCCUAUGUGUGGCAUGUAGUCUUAGAGGAGGCUGGAAUGGAAUAUUGUCACCCGGAAUGGCGAAAGAUGUAACAAAUUUAUAGAUGAGGACUGGAAAUUUGAGUAAUGGCGAAUCCAAUCAACUCGCGUGUUUCUCAUAGUUAAGGCCCAGGCAGCGAGCAGUACCG